AUGGCCGCCUCCGUCCGGGAAAAGCAGGCAGGUCUGUGGUUUCGUUAAUAGAUUUUUCCUGAAAAUAGGCUGUCGAAUUGUGGCUUCACAUUGUAAAACCGACUAUUUUCUCUGACCCUAGCCUGUUGAAUAAAAUACGAACUUCCACGAAGGCCACCAGCCAUCUUCAUGAGAAAAUCAAUGCUAAGCUAACGUAUUAGCUACCUAACGAAAACGUUACAAUAAUAUUAUAAUAAAGUGGCAACAAGUCGGAUGGCUAACCUACACUUACCACUACUCAUGAAUUCACUAGACACUUUGAUGUGGUUGUCAUGUCAAGGAACAGGAGUGCUACGCAGUGAAUGACUGACAGAAAAAGCUAAACUGACUGCUGUAUCGUUCAUUUGGAUGGGUGGCUAACUUGCUAGCUAGCAAUCUAGCUAUUUCACUCAUCUUAACUAUUUCACUCAUUGAGUGGCAGAAAUGGUAUGGCAAAGUCCCAGUUCCCCCAGUCCUGUGCCAUGUUUAGUGGGGCGAAAGUGGUGACUGUCCGAAGGGUUUGGGGGUGUGGUGGGAUGUGCAGCACAUAUUGCACAAAUAUUUUAUAUUUUACAUAAUCUUAAACAUUGGCCAAGCAUGACUUUAUACAGUAUUCUUCUGUGUCCCUAGCUGCCUUGAAGCGCAUGCUGAAUUUCAACGCUCCUCCGUUGAAAAACACUGCUGCUGAGCCGGUAUGGAAGGUGCUGAUCUACGACAGGUUUGGCCAGGACAUAAUCUCCCCCCUACUGGCGGUCAAAGAACUACGGGACAUGGGGAUCACUUUGCACUUGUGAGUAACUCACAAUUUGACAUAACUUUUAAAAAUCUAUUAAUCCCCUUCACAAAAGGUAAAUGUUGAGAAAACUAAAAUCAUGAUACACCAGACAAAGAAUUGAAGAGGCUGGUCUUCAAUGUAUUUUAUAAUUCUCUAUAGGUUGCUUCAUUCAGACAGAGAUCCCAUCCCGGAUGUGCCAGCCAUCUAUUUUGUUAUGCCGACAGAGGAGAACAUUGACCGGAUAUGCCAAGUAAGCAUCCCUCACUCAGAAUAUCAAUAUUACAUCAUCAGCUAUGAUUAAACUCAGGAUAGUUCUAGAGAUGAUAAGAAAAAUGUAUUGGGCCACUGAGCCUAUGCAUUUGGUGGCCUUGGCCAGAUAAAAUUAUUUGUUGUCCAAACGUUACAUCCCAGACAUGUAACAUCCUACCAGUCAGUAUAUUGUUACAUUCCAUUCCAUUGUUUUGUUUUAUUUUUCUCAGGAUCUUCGUAACCAGCUGUAUGAGUCAUACUAUUUGAACUUCAUCUCAGCCAUAUCCAGAAGUAAACUAGAGGAUAUUGCCAGUGCAGCUCUCUCAGCCAACGCUGUCACCCAGGUUACCAAGGUGAGUCUACCACAUACUAGUUCACCUCCAGGUUGCGUCUCAAAUGGUACCCUAUUCCCUAUAUAGUGCACUACUUUUUUUCCUGUAGGGCUCUGGUCAAAAGUAGUGUAUUAUAUAUGGGAUAGGGUGCCAUUUGUGACUCCGUCCUAGUCAUUUUCUAAAACUCAACACAUUACAGGGUAUUGGACAGCCUUGUAAUAGUAAGGUAUUUUUUGCUUUCGUAGGUGUUCGAUCAGUAUUUGAAUUUCAUCACACUCGAAGAUGAUAUGUUCAUCCUCUGUAAUCAAAAUAAAGAGCUCAUCUCCUACCAUGGUAAGUUAAUUGGAUUCAGAAACGGGGCUAGAUUGCACUUUGCCAUUUUCAUCAGAUCUUAUUCUUGAUUAGCUGGCAUGAUUGUAUUUGACUUCCUGUUUUCCUAUUCCCUUUUGAUUAGCAAUUAACAAACCGGACAUCAUGGACACAGAGAUGGAGGCCAUCAUGGAUACGAUAGUAGACAGCCUCUUCUGCUUCUUUGUCACUCUGGGUGGGUCUUUCAACAAAAUAUUAUUAAUGCCACAAUACUAUUGAGACUGCUCGAGAGAACAUUGCUUUGGUAUUUCAAAAUACUGUAAGAUUGUUUCAUUUACUCAGGUGGUACCUGGUUGUACCAUUUUCUCCCUGCUAGAUGGCAGCGUCACUUUUGUUAUUACUCACUUGAAUCGAAGCAAUACCAAGAAAAUAUUUCCUAGAGAGGAAAACUAUUUGAAAGUAAAGGCCAAGGGUGUUGUCUGAAAAUGUGACUAUAUGACACAUUGAGCAAAGCAAACCCACUGCAUGCCUACCUUGCAGGUUGUAUACGAUUCUCAGUUUUAUCCUCAUGGGAUUCACAGCACAUCCUCAUAUUCUCUAUAGACAAGCUCUGCUAAAGUCUUCAAUGCCCUCUAUUGGCAGCUAACACAUCUGUUUUGUUUUCUUAGGUGCUGUCCCCAUAAUCCGCUGUCCAAGAGGGAAUGCUGCGGAGAUGGUCGCAGUGGUGAGCAUCAUCCUUCCUCAUUUAUAACUCUCUGAAGUCUCCUCAGCCGCUGUCAGGGGCCGAGUCUGUCUGUCAGUUUGAAUACUCUUUGUAUUACGUCUUGGCAGUGCAGACACGGCUGGGAGAGGGAGAGUAGUACCCAUCCCCAGUGGGUACAGUGAAAGGAGAAAUUAGUAAUUUGAGGACGACAUCCAAAUCCACCCACCUCCAGAAUCUCACCGUUUGCAGACAGUAUUUGCAGGUAGAUUCUUGAUGUGGGGAGGAAUGUUGAUGCAGUCGGUGUUGAAGCUGAUCCUCCAAGAGCCUUAAUGGAUGGAUGCAGUGUUGUUACUCUAGUCACACAGCACUGCUCUUUGUUCCCUAUACUGUAUUGCUGUGUUGUGGUGGGGGUCUCUCAGUGGAACGCUGCAGGACUGUGUGCUUAGUGUAUAUCCGGUUAAGAAGAUGUAAUGACUAAAAUGUAAUGUAAGGCCUCUUACCUAGCUACAUAAGAGGCAAAACUAUCUAACCCAGUUUCUCUGUUUGUUGCAGAAACUUGACAAGAAGCUGAGGGAGAACCUGCGAGACGCCAGAAACAGCCUGUUCACUGGAGACAACAUGGGGGCCGGCCAAUUCAGGUGGGUCAGGGUGCAGACUAGUACACUGGGUAUGAACCAUAAAGAGAGCAGACUAGAUGAAGACAUUAAUAUCAUGAUUCUGUACGGUACCACGGAAGGCCUACUCCAUUCUCUAAGACGAACACAUAAAAUGGCUUCCCACACACACACUGUGCUACACAAUGUCUUUGUCUAACUCUGAGGUGGAAAUGUGCUAUCCUGCUUUUCUCCUCUCCUCUGCUCUCCAGACCCACUGAGUAGUUAGCUUCGCUAAGUGGUGGAUGAAGUGAAAACAGUCAUGCCUCCUCUGGGAAGCUCUAAGUAGGAUCCAUUUCAAGUCUUCUUUUGUUUCAGCUUUGGUGGAGCAGAGAGAGAGCCUAGCCAGUGGGGAACUCUGGGUACAUUUAUCAUCCUCUUGUUUUAUCUCUCUCUCUCUCUCUCCCUCUGUCUGUUUGUGUCUCUCUUUCUCUUCAGCUUCCAGAGACCCCUAUUUGUACUCGCUGACCGCAACCUGGAUCUUGCCACCCCCCUCCACCACACAUGGACCUACCAGGCCCUCAUCCACGAUGUGCUGGUAAGACUAACAGGAAGCCAGGGAUACAGGGGGAGGGAGAGAGGAGCACAUCUGUCUGUCAUACUCCCACCACUCUGUUAUGAUGGACUUAACAGACACAUCAUACACUUUGACAAAAACUAAGGGCUUACCUAUGAGACUUGACUAAUUUAUGGUGAGUGGUGUUAUUGGGUAUAUGGUUGUUUUAACGCUCUGUGUAGGAUGAACUAUGAGUAUGAACGGCUCGGCUCAGAAGUAUGAAUAGGGUAUAUAUAUAUAUAUACCCCAUGGUGUGUGAUUUUUCAAGGUAGUGCUACUGCAAUUACUUUGUGUGUAAGACAAAGAAGAGGGUAAAUGCUGUGGUAUGUGCUCAGUGCAGUGACCUGUGCCAGAGGUCGUAAAUAUUUGUGAGGAACCAUUUUCCAGCAUCCCUGCCUUAAAAUUAUUUCUGGUGUAGAAUGUACGAAUCUGUCUCCUCUCCCUCCCUUAGUUUUUAGGAUUGCGUGUCCUUUGUUUUAACCUCAAUAUAUUUAUGAUAACGGUUGUUAUUUUGAAUGUAGGUAUUAUGAUGAUGUAAGUAGGUAUCAAUGUUUAUCCCAGAGGUAUCUAUGGACCAGUCUUUUUUCCGAUGAUGUGAGCAGAAAUAUGACCAGACUACACAUCCAAAGGAUCUCUGCCAGCCGCCAACCACCAUCCCAACACUGAAAAACACAAUCACUCAGAAAUGACUCUAUUUGCAGUAGUAGAAAUGAUUUUGCUGUGUGUGUGUGUGUGUGACUAAUGUAUUUCUGUGUGUGUCCCUAGGAUUUCCACCUGAACAGGGUCAGUAUGGACGAGUCUGUGGGGUCAGAAGCCUCUCCUUCCGGAGCCAGACCCAAGAAGAAGAACAAGAAGAGUUAUGACCUCACAGCCGCAGACAAAUUCUGGCAGAAACACAAGGGCAGGUUAGGAACUCACUUGUGAUGAUUACUGAUUUAGAGGUAGCUUGUGGCCGACGCUUUACAACUAGGUAGCAACAGUAUAUUCCAAGCUUUGCUUGUUAGAAACUCCAUUCCAUUGGCUAAAGUGUGAUUAAACUGCUGAUUUAGAAGGUAGUCUGCAUUUGAUGCUUUAUAACUCAAUAGUAACAGUAUAUUUCAAACGAUUAUUAAAGUUAUGCUUUAUAACUCAGUAGCAACAGUAUAUUUCAAGCUUUGCUGUAGUGAAGUUAUUCUUGGCUGAGGGGUUGUUUUGACUCUUCCAGCCCGUUCCCGGAGGUGGCUGAGUCUGUACAGGAGGAGUUAGACACGUACCGAGCCCAAGAGGACGAGGUGAAACGCCUCAAGAGCAUCAUGGUAAGAAGGCACACAGGUGGUUUUAUAGAGCGGUUCAAUUAAGUAGUCUCACUGAAAACAAUGGACUUCACUCACACUUGCAUAUUCCCCACUAAAAUAACACUUUUUGUCUUCUCCAGGGGUUGGAGGGUGAGGAUGAGGGAGCCAUUAGUAGUAUUAGUAUGUCAGACAACACCGCAAAACUUACCUCAGCUGUCAGGUGAGCAUCAUUGUAGAAUAUACAGUAUUUAUCUGUAUUAUUAUUUAUUUAUUCAUUGCUGCGCCAUUAUUGACAGUGCUUAGUCUGUACCAAAACUGUUCUGUGUUUCCUCUACUAGCUCCCUACCAGAGCUUCUGGAGAAGAAGAGGCUGAUUGACCUCCACACUAACGUAGCCACCGCCGUUCUGGAUCACAUUAAG